AUGUCGCUCAUGGUGAAUUACUGGAUGUGUUGGGUUUCUCUAUCACUAACACUGACAACAAGUCAUUCUUUGCACAGAAUCACCUUGAAGAAGAUGUCAUCUAUCAGAGAGACACUGCAUGAGCUGGGGGUCUCGGCAGAGCAGGUGAUGAGUGAACUAACCCAGAAGAGCUCAGAUGAUACCAGCAACGGGACCGCUCCCACCCCUCUAACCAACUACUUGGAUACACAAUACUAUGGAGAAAUCAGCAUCGGCUCUCCUGCCCAGAUGUUCAAUGUAGUGUUCGACACAGGCUCAGCCAACCUAUGGGUGCCUUCACAAAGCUGCUCACCUUUCUCCACUGCCUGUUUUACUCACAAUAGGUAUGACGCAUCGCAAUCUCGGACGUAUGUUGAGAAUGGAACGGGAUUUUCCAUCCAGUAUGCAUCUGGAAAUAUCAGGGGAUUUCUGAGUGAGGAUGUGGUGGUGGUGGGGGGUAUUCCAGUGGUGCAAGUGUUUGCUGAAGCCACAUCUCUGUCUGCCAUGCCCUUUAUAUUUGCUAAGUUUGAUGGAGUCCUGGGAAUGGGGUACCCCAACAGGGCCAUUGAUGGUAUCACACCAGUCUUUGACCGUAUCAUGUCUCAGCACGUCCUUAAGGAAGAGGUGUUCUCUGUUUACUACAGCAGGGACCCAAAACACUCACCAGGUGGAGAGCUGGUACUGGGUGGCACUGACCCAAACUACUACACUGGAAACUUCAAUUAUGUUGAUACCAGAGAAAAAGGGACAUGGGAAGUUACUAUGAAAGGUGUUUCUGUGGGAGCAGAGAUGAUGUUUUGUGCAGGAGGAUGCACAGCUGUGAUCGACACAGGCUCCUCCUACAUCACAGGCCCUGCCUCGUCUGUGUCUGUGCUGAUGAAAACCAUCGGAGCACAGCUAGAUGAAAGCGGUUACAAAGUUAACUGUGACACUGUGAAGACUUUGCCCAGUGUCACUUUCCAUCUGGGUGGCCAGGAAUACUUACUCACUCAUGAGGACUAUAUUUUAUGGCAAUCACAGAUUCAAGGGGAUGUCUGCACUGUCACCUUCAUGGGCUUGGAUGUGCCGCCCCCUACAGGCCCAAUCUGGAUCCUGGGAGCCAACUUCAUUGCCCGCUACUACACAGAAUUUGACCGUCGCAAUAACCGGAUAGGAUUUGCCACAGCAGUGUGAACAGAAGCCAAACAACAUCCAUUUUACUUGGCCUUUCUCUUGAUUGCAAAUGUCCAGUCCUCUAUAUUGAGUGGCUUUUUGAUGAAUCUAAAUGUGUCUUUU